AUGCUGACGAUGAGACUCCCUCUCCAUCUACCGCCCCUUCCAGUGGUCAAGGGCGCGGUCGAUCAACAGUGCCUUCAUCCCGAGAUGGACGUGGUCGUGGCGCUCGAGCUGGUAGGGCGAGUUCGAUGUCCCCUUCCAAACCUGCUGCACGCUGCAGGCCAGCCAUCAUCUGCAUCCUCUGGUCCACCAAUCAACAUUCGUCGCACAAGCCCCACAACCACAACUGGCACGGACGGUCUAGGUUCUAACACUCCCAGAGCGUUGUUUCCAUCUACGGCGCCACCCACUCCGACGGCCACGCCAUACACCCCAAACCCGCCUAUUCCUGCCAACCAUAUCCUGCCGCAGCUGUUGACAUUUCUUCCCCAUACCGGGCCUGCUCAGCUCACCCCAGCACAACAAGCCAUCUUGGGGAGCCCAGGGGUUCCGGGGGUUCCGGGGGUCCCUGGGUAUGCUGGGAGUAGUGGAAGCGGGCUAGUGCUUCGCAAGGGCCUACAUCUACUGCACCAUCAUCCACGCUGGGUUCAUCAACAAUUCCAGCGCAAGUCCCUCCACUUCAAAUGGCCGCGGCAUCGGCUUCCCCAACCAACCCAAUGCUUACUGGGCCAUCUGGGGAUGGCGGGAGUCCUGGGUCGCAAACCACCAGUCAACCGACAAAUCCGGCUCCGAGUGUAG